UAAAGCCCUUGCAGAGUGCUCUGACAGAAUCGGGGCUAGCCAUGAGAUAUACAUACGAUAUAUUCCGAACACAAAUGCCACAACAGGGGGACAAAACGUAGGACAAUUUGGGAGUACAUAAUACAGAAUACGAAGAAGGGCCAGGACACACAACAUGGACAUUGAGGAGGAUCUGGACGGCAUGCCACCCAUCAGCAUCGGCACCUUCGGGAUACCCAAUGACCCGGAACUGCUGGACGAGUACGCGCUGUACCGUCCCUCGAUAGGCUCAAGUACGUGGAGAUAGUCGAGGCCUGUCCGGCGGCCUUCUGGCCGGAGAGCGAGAUGGCCGAGCUGGCGGCACUCGUGCGGGAACAUGUGCGCACCAUGGACAUCCGCCAUCUGCAGUCCCUCUCGGAGGAGAGCUUCCAGCGCCACAAAGGGAGCAGCGACUCGGAGCCGGACGUCACGUCGGAGGAGUCUGAGGCCCUGUUUGUUUCUAGCGAUGAGCGCAACACCUCCUCCGAGUGGACAGACGAGCAAGAGGGAGAGUGCUCCGAAGAGCAGUCCACAGAGCAGCCCGACCCGAAGAAUCAGGCUAAGAUCAACUUUAAUAGAGUGGAAACGGAGGAGGAGCAGCCGGCAGGGGCAGGGGCAGGGGCAGUGGCAGGAGCAGCGGCAGUAGAAGCGGCAGUCGAAGGAGUCAUGUACCUUCUGGAUGACAUCCAGGAGGCCAAACGCGUGGCGCGUGGUUCCCGCAACGCCGUGCGACAGCAGCUGCGGCGCUUGCAGGCCGCCAGGAAGGAGGCGCACGAGCAGCGGGUGCACCGUCGCACCGUUAUGCGGCAGAGGCCCGCCGAGCAGCCUGAGAAGAAGCGCCGCAAGAGCAGGAAGACAGUGAUGGGCGUCUUCAGUAUGAAGGUGGAGCCCGAGCCGGAAGACGACGAAGAUAAGAUCGUGGACAGGCGAAACAAGGAGAAGGUGCUGGAGCGCCUCCGUCGCUACGACUUCCCCUCGGAGCACUGCCAUCACAUCGACCUGAGCUUUGUGCGCUUCUUCGAUAACCUCGUCUCGUUCACCCUCGAGUUCCUGGGGCCACACAUGGGGCGCGACUUCCACAAGCGGCACCUGCGGUUCUCCACCGAGGACGUGGUGCGGCUGGCCAGGGGCCUCCAGGAGCUCGACAAGCUGCAGAUCUUCCGCCUGCGCAACAGCCGCAUGGACCAUCUCAAGCUGCACGUCCUCUGCCGUGUCCUCAAGAACCUGAAGGCCUUGGAAGUGAUUGAUUCGCCCGUCCAGCCCGGAUUACAGAUGCAGGCCCCGUUCUCGGGCUCGCACUUGCCACCGUUCUCACAGCGGCACUCCUCCAAGCAGCUGGCGCCAAAGCGCCCCUCCGGACAGACAUCGGCGAACCUGGCGCCCGUAUAGCCCUUGGCGCACUCGCACUCCCCGCUGAAGGGCUCGCAGAGGGCGUUGUUCAGGCAGUCGCACUGCAUCGAGCAGUUCCUUCCGUACCAGCCAGAACAGGACUAGACGUUAUACAGGAUGUUGCGACAGUUAGAGAACAGCCAGGGCGUGGUCAUGAGCACG